AGAGGUUUGUGCUACGGCAGAUGGUUCGAAUCCCGGAAAUCCCCUUUUAAAACUAAGAUAUAAACUAUCGGUAGAAAAUUUCACCGAGAACACAACGAUGAAACAGCUAUCAACAGUCAGUUAGCGUUCUUUCAAGCGCUGGAAAGGGCACAAGGAAAGACCAAGCAUGUCUUUGAAGAAGGCUGAGCAGAUAGCUCAUAAAUACUCAAAGACUCUGCAACUCCCAAAGACGAGCUUCCCCAAGAGAAGCUCUCAUGAAAAGGCACUGAACGAUCUCAUACCGAGGUCCUCACAGUUGUUAUACAAGCACCAAUUUGAUACGAGAAAGACCGAUGACGAUAUCUUUAUCCUUCAUGACGGUCCUCCGUACGCCAACGGUGAUCUCCAUCUGGGCCAUGCGUUGAAUAAAGUGCUGAAAGACAUCAUCUUGAGAUUCAACAUGUUGAAAGGGAAGAAGGUGUACUACCAGCCUGGUUGGGACUGUCAUGGGUUGCCGAUUGAGCUGAAAGCGUUGGAGAAGUACAAGAAGCUUCACAAGUCUGAGCCUUCUCAAUUGGAUAUCAAACAAGUCAGGGCCAUUGCGAGGGAACACGCAACGCUGACCAUUGAAUCUCAGAUGAAUAAAUUCAAAGAGCUGGCGAUAUUGACCGAUUUUGACAACGUUUACAAGACUUUGAACCAUGAGUUUGAGAUCUCGCAGCUGAAGACGUUCCAGAAGAUGAUGCACAAGGGCUUGAUAAAGAGACAGAAGAAGCCUGUGUAUUGGGGUUGCGAGACAAACACAGCGUUGGCAGAGUCUGAGCUGGAAUACAACGAUCAACAUCGAUCCACUGCAGCGUAUGUUAAGUUUCCCCUCGUGGAGCCUUCAACAGAAUUACAGCAAAUCUUGGACUCGAACUCGCUAAACAACGUGAAACUGUUGAUCUGGACUUCUACUCCUUGGACUAUUCCUUCCAAUAGAGCCAUAUCUGCUAAUGAACAGUUUGAAUACACUGUCAUUGCUUCCGACGUUGAUCAAUUGAUUGUAUCUUCAGACCUUGCCGAGAACUUACUCUCAAUCUCAGACCAAUAUACACAGCUGGAUGUAACGAUCCCAGGCUCCGCCAUUGUGGGCUCCAAGUAUACAAAUCCACGUACAAAGGACUCGACAUUCCCAGUAAUCCAUGGUGAUCACGUUACUAACUCUGCUGGUACCGGUCUUGUCCAUACUGCUCCAGGCCAUGGUAACGACGAUUACUUUGUCUGCUUGGAGCAUGGAAUCGAGGCAUACUCUCCAGUGGACCAAUACGGGAGAUACACAGACGAACUGCCUUCUGGAUAUGAGUCGCUUACUGGGCUAAGAGUCCAAGGCGAGGGAAACAAGCAAUCCCUUGAGCUCAUGAAAGAAGCUGGAAUGCUGUUCCACAUUGACAACAGCUAUAUCCACUCUUAUCCUUACGACUGGCGUUCCAAAAAGCCGGUCAUUAUCAGAGCCACUCCUCAGUGGUUUGCCAAUGUUGGUGCCAUCAAAUCGAAGGUGCUGGAUGCCCUGUCCAGUGUCAAGUUUGUUCCAGAGAAAGGGCGUAAUAGAUUGAGUGCCUUUGUCAGAAACAGAAACGAAUGGUGUAUAUCUCGUCAGAGGGCAUGGGGUGUUCCUAUCCCUGCGUUGUAUUCCAAAUCUGAUGAGAAUGUUGUUCUCAUGGAUGACGAGUCUGUUAGCCAUAUCAUUAACAAGAUUGAUGAACUGGGUGUUGAUGCAUGGUUUGAGGAGGAACCAAACGUUGAGAGAUGGCUUCCUGACUCACACAGAGGUCAGGGCGACCAGUUUUACAAGGGCAAGGAUACCAUGGAUGUUUGGUUCGACUCUGGUACUAGUUGGAACGAGAUUGCAAAGUUCUGUAAAGAGAAUGGGCUGCAAAGAGAUGUGCUUGCUGAUGUGUACCUUGAAGGCUCAGAUCAACACCGUGGGUGGUUCCAGUCUUCCAUUUUGACCAAAGUUGGAAGUUCUGAUGAUGCUAACCCAGCUUCCCCUUACAAGACCAUUGUUACACACGGGUUUACGUUGGAUGAAAAGGGUAACAAGAUGUCGAAGUCCAUUGGCAAUGUCGUUUCCCCAGAUCAGGUCAUUCUAGGUGGUGGUAAGGGUAAUAACAAAAUCACGGGAAUUGGAGUUGACGGGCUAAGACUAUGGGUCGCACAGGCAGAUUACACCAGUGAUAUGGCAAUCGGGCCAAUUGUCCUCAAGCAUGCUGGUGAUGCUCUCAAGAAGCUGAGAUUGACAUUCUCGUUCCUUCUGGGCAACCUGGAGAAUGGGCUAACAUCUCAGAGUGUUGUUCCAUACGCUGAGCUAUCCAAGAUUGACCAAUACGCACUGUCUAAGUUGUACCAGAUGCAGGAUGAGGUGUUGUCACUCUACGACGAGUACAACUUCAGCAGGGCUUUCAAGGUGUUUUCAAACCACCUGAAUGUUGAAGCAUCUGCGAUCUACUUCGAUGCCAUUAAAGACAGACUGUAUGCAGAUUCGCUAGAAUCUGUUGACCGUCUCAGUGCACAGACCGUCCUUGCUGAGUUUCUCAAGGUGUACGCUACAGUUCUAUCUCCACUGCUGCCAUUGAUUACACAAGAGGUCUGGGAUUACACACCUGAAUGGAUCAAGCAGGGAACACCACACCCACUGUCACUUGGAGUUGUUAAGUACGAUCCACAGUGGAAAAACGAACACUUGGAGAGCCAAUUCGGCAAGGUGUUUGAGAUCAAGGACAAGAUUCUACUGUUACAGGAGCACGGCCGGAAACAGGAAAAGACCAUCAAGAACUCGCUUGAGAAUGCCAUCUACUUAACCACUGCCGAAGGCUCAAAGAUCCACUCAUUACUGCUCCAAUUGGCCCCUGAGCUUGCAGACGUGUUCCGUGUGUCAUCUGUCCAUCUCAACGAGGAGCCUCCAGCCGGCACGGCCUACAGAUACGACGGCGAAGCCGUCGUUGACGGUGACACCAUCGCCAUCUCCGUCGUCCCUUCAGUCCACGCCAAAUGUCCUAGAUGCUGGAACUACACCGCACCUUCCGAGGAGCAGCUGUGCACGAGAUGUCAACACGUUAUAGCUCAAUGAGCACCGUCUACUGUAUAUACACACAUAUGCCACUCCUGGCUAGAACACCCGACAAUAGAAAUGUACAUAGUUCUUUGGCAUAUUCACCGUGGUGUGUCGUU